AUGAAGAACCUAAAAAAAGAUGGGAGGGGCGAAGGGACGGAAAAGGAAGAGGUUUACAGCAAGUUAAUUGCAUCGUUAUGGGCCGAGUUUGUAGUGGCUGGUUUUCUGGUCGCAUACUUUUAUACCUCAAUUACCGGAAUUCUCGCGCUGGAAACAAAUCUGGAUGGAAAGAUGUUGCUGCCACCCAAAUCACAAAGUGUUGAAGGCAUCCGAAUCAUGAGUGAUAUAGUUUGGCCUGACUAUCUGAGCAUCAACUAUAUCAUUCAAAGGCCGCCAAAUUUCUCAAAUCCUGAAGAAUAUCACAGCUUUGCAGUAAGCUUUGUGCACUUCUAUUACUAA